CCGCUGCAGAAAAUAGGCGUGAACUUCACGGUGAGCAACAAGGAGACGGUGAAGAGCAGCGAUGUCCUCUUCCUGGCCGUGAAGCCCCCCAUCAUCCCCUUCAUCCUGGAGGAGGUGGGCCCUGACAUCGAGGCCCGCCACAUCGUGGUCUCCUGCGCGGCCGGCGUCACCAUUAGCUCCAUCGAGAAGAAACUCUCUACCUUCUGCCCCACACCAAAAGUGAUCAGGUGCAUGACCAACACCCCUGUGAUUGUCCGGGAAGGCGCUACAGUCUAUGCCACUGGGACUCACGCGGAUGUGGAGGAUGGGAAGCUCUUGGAACAACUGAUGGCCAGUGUAGGCUUCUGCACCGAGGUGGAAGAGGACCUGAUAGAUGCUGUGACGGGGCUUAGUGGCAGUGGCCCUGCGUAUGCGUUCACUGCCCUGGAUGCUCUAGCGGAUGGGGGAGUGAAAAUGGGACUUCCCCGCAGGCUGGCUGUUCGACUUGGAGCACAGGCUUUGCUGGGUGCUGCCAAAAUGCUGUUAGAAUCUGAGCAGCAUCCCGGUCAGCUGAAGGACAAUGUCUGCUCGCCCGGAGGAGCCACCAUCCAUGCCCUGCACUUCCUGGAGAGCGGUGGCUUUCGCUCCCUCCUAAUCAAUGCUGUGGAGGCUUCCUGCAUCCGGACAAGGGAGCUGCAGCAUUUGGCAGACCAAGAGAAGAUCUCCCCAGCAGCCAUAAAGAAGACUUUGUUGGAUAAGGUGAAGCUGGAAUCUUCUUCUCUGUCUGUGGCAUCUGCCAGCAAAGUCAGCCUGUUCAACACUACGAGCCCCAGCAGCAAGAAGAACUGACCAGACUGCUGUAGUCUUACGGUGCUGAACAGUCUCUUCCAUGCCCUUUCUUUUUUCUCUAAGGAAAAACGCUCAC